GGAGCUUCUGCUCACAGUCUUUUUCACGGCUCUUGGGUGCCCCACACCAGGGUGCCCUCUAUCCCAAAAUCCAGAUGAAGAAAUGUCUUCUACUAGUGAGUCUGUAUCUGCUUGGAUCUGCCAGAGGAGCAUCAGGUCAAUCUGAUGAGCUUCCUGGCUCUCUGGAUCAUCAAGCUUCAGUUCAGCAACCUUCAGGUGACUACUUUUCACUUGAAAACCCUUCAGAUGGUGAGGCUUUAUAUGAGACUUCUUCAGGCCAGAACACUUUGAGUGAGCAUGGUUCAAGUGAGCACACUGCGGUUGAACACGCUUCAAGUGAGCAUGCUGCAGGUGGGCAUGCUGCAGGUGAACACGCUUCCAGUGAACAACCUUCUGGUGAACAGCCUUCGGGUGAAAAGACUUCUGGUGAACGGCCUGCAGGUGAACAGCCUUCAGGCAUCCCACCUUCAAGCACAAUUUCAGGCCCAGUAUUAAAUUGCCACACAUGCUCUUAUAUGAAUGACCAAGGAAUAUGUCUUCAAGGAGAGGGAGUCUGUUCCACUCAGAAUUCCCAGCAGUGCAUGUUAAAGAAGAUCUUUGAAGGUGGAAAACUUCAAUUCAUUGUCCAGGGCUGUGAAAGCAUGUGCCCAUCCAUGAACCAAUUAUCCCGUGGAACCAGGAUGCAAGUUAUAUGCUGUCAGAAUCAAUCUUUCUGCAACAAGGUCUAGAAGCCUGUGCCCUUGCUUCCUGCUCUGAGUCAGGCAGCAAAAGUCCUCCAUCACCCUACUGGACUCAAUUUAUAUUUAGUUUCUUCCCCAGUAAAAAACUAAUCACAUCUUCCUCUGCCUGACUAUCAGACAGGAAGCUCAAAUAUCUUUCCUCUCCUAUCCAUGCCCUGUUACACAUUCUUCUCUGACUUCCAACUUCCCUAUCCCCUUACCCCAUCUCUCAACAUUCUUUUCUUUUUCAAUAAAUUCCACAUGAUUAAAGAAUAUAGACUCCAGACAGAGUCUUUUGCCAUCAACCAGGGGCAGGGUCACUCUGAGCUUCCUUCUGCUCCACACAAUAAAGUAGAUCCAUUUUAUUUCUAUAUAUUUCCUUUUUUUUUGAAUUUUAUUUUAUUUAUUUUUUUAUACAGCAGGUUCUUAUUAGUCAUCCAUUUUAUACACAUCAGUGUAUAUAGGUCAAUCCCAAUCUCUAAUUCAUCACACACCACCACCCUGCCUCUUUCCCCCUUUGGUGUCCAUGUUUGUUCUCUACAUCUGUGUCUCAAUUUCUGCCCUGCAAACUGGUUCAUCUGUACCAUUUUUUAGGUUCCACAUAUAUGCGUUAAUAUAAGCUAUUUGUUCUAUUUCUGACUUACUCACUCUGUAUGACAGUCUCUAGAUCCAGCCACAUCUCAACAAAUGACCCAAUUUCGUUCCUUUUUAUGGCUGAGUAAUAUUGCAUUGUAUAUAUACACCACAUCUUCUUUAUCCAUUGAUCUGUCAAUGAGUAUUUAGGUUGCUUCCAUGAACUGGCUAUUGUAAACAGUGU